UUGUUGACGCACGCCUGCCAGACUGGAUAACUAGCAGCUACUAAAUUUUAAUUAAAAGUUUUUUUUCCAAAAAAAAUUAGUAUAAAUAUUUAUUUGCUGACCGGUAUAACCAUAUGUCAAGUUUGCAUCCAGCUAAAAAGCCCAGGUUGGACAACCCUGCUGAAGUAACAAAUAACGAUUCCAACAGAAAUAACAAUCACAUGGAUAUUGACAUAGUAACUCAACAGAAUGGAAAUGCAAACAGCAUUGAUGAGGGCCUCUACUCCAGACAGCUGUAUGUGUUGGGCCAUGCAGCUAUGCAAAGAAUGGCAAGUUCAAACAUCUUGGUGUCGGGCAUGGGAGGUCUCGGAGUUGAGAUUGCCAAAAAUGUCAUUCUUGCUGGUGUCAAGUCUGUAACCAUUCAUGACAACAAGAAUACUCUCAUAUCUGAUCUUUCAUCACAGUUUUUCCUGCAUGAGGCAGAUGUCGGGAAAAACAGAGCACAAGCCACACUUGCCCAAUUGGCAGAGUUGAAUUCAUACGUGCCUGUCAACUGCAUGCAGGGUGCACUUACAACAGAACAUCUCAGUAAAUAUCAGGUGGUUGUUUUGACUGAUUCAACACUGGAAGAACAAAAACUCUUUGGUGAGUACUGCCAUCAGCACGAUAUCUGCUUCAUUGUUGCUGACACCAGAGGACUCUUCGGCCAAUUAUUUUGUGAUUUUGGUGAGGAGUUUGUGGUGAAUGACACAAACGGUGAGCAACCAAUCAGCAACCUUAUUGCCUCAAUCACCAAGGAGCAAGAUGGUGUGGUGGCCUGUAUAGAUGAAACACGACAUGGUUUAGAGACUGGUGAUUAUGUCACAUUCUCUGAGGUUCAAGGAAUGGUGGAGUUGAAUGGGUGUGAGCCGAGGAAAGUUACUGUUCUUGGCCCAUACACAUUCAGCAUUGGCAGCACAACUGCAUUUUCUGAUUACAUAAGAGGUGGCAAUGUCACUCAGGUCAAAAUGCCUAAGACCUUUAAAUUUAAAUCAUUUGAACAAUCUCUGAAAGAGCCUGAGUUCUUGAUAACAGAUUUUGCCAAAUUUGAUCGACCAGAGCAGCUGCAUGUUGCAUUCCAGGCAUUGCAUCAGUUCAUCAGCAGUCAUAAAAGGUGUCCCAAGCCAUUCAAUUCGGCUGAUUUGAAAGAAUUUUUAACCCUGACAAACUCACUGAAACCUUCAAAUGUUGAAUUAAAUGAUGAGGUCAUCAAAUUGUUUGCCUGCGGUUCUUCUGGCAACAUCAGUGCACUGCAAGCUGUCAUUGGAGGGAUUGCUGCACAGGAAAUCUUGAAGGCGUGCAGUGGAAAGUUCAGUCCAAUAAUGCAGUGGAUGUACUUUGAUGCUCUUGAGUGCCUACCAGACAAACCAUUUGAAGUUCUCAAUGAGGAACUAUGCAAGCCUUUGAACAGUCGAUAUGAUGGGCAAAUUGCGGUUUUUGGUCUUGACUUCCAGAAAGUGCUGGCUGAUGCCAAAUACUUCUUGGUUGGUGCAGGUGCAAUUGGUUGUGAACUACUGAAGAAUUGGGCUAUGAUGGGUGUUGGAUCAGGACCAAAAGGCAAGAUCAUUGUUACUGAUAUGGAUAUCAUUGAGAAAUCAAACCUCAAUAGGCAGUUCUUAUUUAGGGCUUGGGAUGUUCAUAAAGCCAAGUCAUCAACAGCAGCUGCUGCAGUGAAGAAGAUGAAUCCAUUGAUUAAUGUUGAAUCACAUACGAACAGGGUUGGUGAGGACACAGAAGCCAUUUAUGAUGAUUUCUUCUUUGAGAACCUUACUGGGGUGGCCAACGCACUGGACAACGUGGAAGCCAGAACAUAUGUGGAUAGAAGAUGCGUUUUCUACAAGAAAUCUCUGCUUGAAUCAGGAACGCUUGGCACUAAAGGCAGUGUUCAGGUUGUAAUACCAGAUGUGACUGAAUCAUACUCGGCCUCUCAGGAUCCCCCAGAAAAAUCCAUCCCCAUAUGCACCCUCAAGAACUUUCCUAAUGCAAUCGAACAUACUCUACAAUGGGCCAGAGAUUUGUUUGAAGGUUUAUUCAGACAACCAGUUGAAACAUCUCUCAACUACCUCACCGACAGCAAGUUCAUUGAAAGAACAUUGAAGAUGCAAGGAAGCCAGCCUUUUGAAACUUUGGAAGCAGUCAAGAAGAUCCUCGUUGACGAGAGACCUCAGAAAUUUGAAGAUUGCAUUUGUUGGGCACGCCAUCUCUUCCAGAACCACUAUUAUAAUCAGAUCAGACAACUUCUCUUCAACUUCCCAAAGGACCAGGUGACUUCCAGUGGGGCUCCAUUCUGGUCUGGUCCUAAACGAUGUCCUCAUCCCCUCACCUUUGAUGCUCACAAUCCCACACACCUGGACUACAUAGUUGCAGCAGCUCACUUGCAGGCAUUUGUCUAUGGCAUUGAUGUCUCAAAAUCAUUUGAUAGAAAGAGGAUAGCUGAGAUUGCAUCGUCUUUCCACAUUGCAGAGUUUGUGCCCAAGUCUGGAGUUAAGAUCUCUGUGAAUGAUGAAGAGGCACAAGCAUCCAGAAAUGACGCCUUCACAGAUGCUCUUCAAAACCUGGAAGAAUCUCUUCCUGACCCGAAGACUUUGAAGCUAAAAUUGCGUCCGAUUGAAUUUGAGAAGGAUGAUGACAGUAACUAUCACAUGGACUUCAUUGUAGCAACCUCGAACUUGAGGGCAGAAAAUUAUGAUAUCCCACCUGCUGACAGGCACAAGAGCAAACUAAUUGCCGGCAAGAUCAUACCAGCAAUUGCCACAACAACAUCAGCUGUUGUUGGUCUCGUCUGUCUUGAGAUGUACAAAUUGCUGCAAGGGCACAAGAAUGCAGAGAAGUACAAGGAUGGAUUCAUCAACCUGGCACUUCCCUUUUUUGGUUUCUCUGAGCCUAAACCUGCCUUCAAGAAUAAAUACUACGACGUGACAUUCACUCAGUGGGAUAGAUUUGAAUUAAAUGGAGAAAUGACUUUGCAAGAAUUGAUUGAUUACUUCCAGAAUGAACACAAACUGACGAUAAGCAUGCUGUCGUACGGCGUUUGCAUGCUCUAUUCGUCAUUUCAACAAGGAGAUAAAAGAAAAGAAAGGUUGCCGAUGAACAUGUGUGAGUUGGUGAAGAAGGUGUCAAAGAAGAAGAUCCCUGCACAUGUCAGAUGUCUUGUUUUCGAGAUGUGUUGCGACGACGAGGAGGGCAACGACGUGGAGACACCGUACAUCAAGUACAACAUAGGACAUUUGAUCGAUGGCAACAGUAAAGCCAUGGCUUCUGAAAACAAUCAUAACGUUGAACAGGUUGCUGUAGGGCAGUGAGGAAGGAGGCUUCAUGUUCAGUAUUCAUUGUUCGGCCUGUCGAUACAUUCAAUGUACGAACUAAUUGAUGUUUUUUAAUGCAUUUUGUUAUGCUUGUCUGAAUGUAAUAAAUUAAUCAAAUCUUCAUGCGAUUGGUUCAUUGACGGACGUUAAUAUCCAAGAGUUGUUCGUUACGUUUUAUAGGAUAUAUUAUUAAUGUUGAAAUUGAAGUACAAAUUUCUUUCUUACUUAACAUAGGCCAUUUUGUAAGCUUGUUGUUAUGUUUUCUCGUUAUUCCUUUUUUAGUUUUUUUGGUUCAAUUAUUCAUAUGUAUUUAUUUAUUAUUAAAGGGGACAUUCUUUCAUGCCUAUUGUUUCAUUCACAAACUUAAUUUUUCUUGUGCUACUGAGAAUGUUUAAUUAUUAAUACAUCGCUUGUUAACAAAUUCGUUCGUCUGAAAAAGAAAUUGAAUGAUUUGACCGCGCGAAUUUUCGCAAACGGCGAUUUUAUUCUUCCAACCUGUUUAAUUUGGAGGAGUCGGAUCGGAAGCUUCCACGUUCUCACGAAAUGUUAUGAUCUUGGAAUCAAGGAUAAGUAUAACAUGCGAUUUUUUGCGAAUUAUAAGCCUUCAGCAACAAACAAAUGAUAUAUUUUAUUUUUCACAUUCUGUUAAACAAAAAUUCAAAAUUAUGAAACUGUUUUGCGGCUUGUCAAUAAUACUUAACAAACGAUAAUGAUAUUAUUAGUUAAAUUUCCAUGUGGAUUGUCAGGUUAAGGCAAUAUUUGAGAAAAUGAUAUUGUGCAUACAAAAAUUGUCAAAUUAAAGUCAUUAAGAAAUUAUAUGAAACGGACUGUCUCCGUAGAAAAAUAUGAAAAGGGCACUUCAAUUUAAUUCACUUUAACGCAACAAAAAUAAAAACUGCGAUUUAAAUAAAAAUAAAAACUGCGAUUUAAAAAAAAAAGAAAAACUUCUUGAAAGUUCUGAACAUGAAAUUGAAAUGCGACUGAAUUAUAUGAAAAAGAUGUAAGGGAAUGAACGUUGAACCUGUAAAGAACAUAAGAUAAUGCAUCAACGAGUCGUUGCUAAAUUAAAUAGUUAAUUAAGUACAAAGAGUCAGGCAUGUUUCAAUACUGUCAAUAGAAUGAAGUAUUGCGUGAGAAGGCAGCUGUGAGCCGUGAAAAAAUAAAUGCUCAUGAAAUUAAUCGCGUCUAAAUGGUUGGUUGAACAUAGGGCUACGCUAGUAAAUCGCUUGAUAUUUUGAUUUUGACUACUUACAUCGUGCAAAUCACCGCGCCACACGAAGAUAAUAAUGUUAUGAAAAUGGGUAUAUUUACAGCUAACAAAUAUUCCAAAUAUUUUUAUGUUGUUUCUGUGUUCUACCAUUAACAAUAUUUGCUAACACAUAUGCCUUUUCAGUCACCUGAAAUCACAAUCCAUCAUCAAAUGAACGUGCUCCAAACUGUUAGUCGAUCCGUUCAAACGACUGCAUGGCUUCAAAUAAUCAUCUGGAGCGAUGUUGUUGUCGCUACUAUCAUCAUCGCCGUCAUCGUCAUCAAUGUUGUUGUUGUUCAUCGUUGUUGCUGUUGUUAAUGUGUCAAUGUCAUGACGAACGCUUUGAUGAUCUGGGACGUUGAUGUAAGAUGUUG